CUUUCCGCUCCUGUGUAUCCACCAAUUACGAGCUCGCCUGAGCUGAGAGCCUUCGACAAGAUGUCGUUCUAUAGAGAGCUCGACAGUGCAGCGAAUGAAGUUCGGAUGUUAAAAAUGGUGGAAACCCCGAGUAAUAGCGACCCCGGACUAGCGAAUGUCGUUCAUUGCAAACUGGAGCAUGUCAGGCUGGAUGAUUUCACUCACGAAUUCGAGCUGUUCCUCAAGGGGAUCGGCUCAUCAAAAAAUCUGCACCUUGACAAUCUUUCAGAGUCCUGGCAAAGAUUUGCGGCUUAUUCCAAGCGUCUUGCUCUCAGCAAUAGCUCGUAUCGGCUGCCUGCUUGGCGUUGGAAGCUGCAGUAUGGCAGAGUGAACGAUGCCCUCGAUAUGUGGACGAGCUUAUGGAAGCCACUGGAACCAUCUCGGUCCAUUGCCCUAAGAUUCCAAGAGAUCGAGAUCCUCGCACUUUGAGAGGGGUUCAAAAGACCGUGUUGAAACCGCCGCUUGAAACUCAGGCUUUUUUUGCUCUUCACCCACGGUUCCAGUGGGUUGACUUUGAAGCAAUAUCGUAUUGCUGGGAAUCUGAUGUGCGAGACCGGACAAUAGUUAUUGACGACGUCCCGUUUGAUGUGCCGAAGAAUCUCGAAGCAUUACUUCAAAGCCUGCGUACACUUCCUGACGCAAAAUCUGGCAUGAAGUUUUGGGGCGACGCACUGUGUAUCAACCAAGAUAAUACAUCUGAGAGAAAUCACCAAGUCAAACUCAUGAAAAGUAUAUACUCUAAAGCUUUUGCAAUUAUCGUCUGGCUUGGAGGUAGUACGGAUGAUAGCGGAGAAGCUAUCGACUUUAUGGCAAGCAUCACCCAAUUUACUUUGGACAACAAUGAAAAUGAAGGAGGUCACUUUGAUUUUGAGAAAUGGGAGACGUCCGUGGCAAAACUUCAAAAGAAGAGAUUCUCCGAGUUGCCAUGGAAGGCCUUGAUGAAUUUCCUAAACCGAGCCUAUUGGCGCCGGCUGUGGAUCAUUCAGGAACUAGCCCUCAAUCACAACAUGACUCUAUUUCUUUGUGGCGACCGCCAAUUAUCCCGGAGUAAGAUAUCCCGAACUUGCCACUUUUGUGAGACGAAUAUUGGAGUCAUUGAUCAUUUAGUGUCAACAUGUCUAGACCUCGAGACCACUUCGCCGUCCACAAUGUAUGGCAGCGUUUGGCCUACAGUAUAUCAUGUCAAUAAAUUACUCGGAACCAGAGAUCAAGAAAUAGAUCCUAGAAGUGUUGAUAACAUUCUUGAUCUCGGUCGGAAAGCGAACGUCACAGAUACAAGGGACAAGGUGUAUGGAAUACUUGGGAUCUUGCCUCGCGAAUUGUCAACCAUGAUAACGCCAGACUAUGGAGCUUCUAAUCCAGUGGAGAAAGUGUACUACGAAUUUGCUUGCAAAAUGUUAGACGAGUACAAAAGGCUGGAUUCAAUGAUUUCUUGGUGUUCCUACAAUGCAGGCAGCUCGUUGCCUUCAUGGGUUCCAAAUUGGACGUCAAAGUUUUCUCGCAAUCAUGUGCAAUGGCUGAAGCGAAGAACUGCAAGUGGAGUUCGAAAGGGAGAAUGGGCCAUCUCUCCACAAGAGCGCCGUCUCCAUUCCAAGGGCAUCAUAGUCGAUCAUAUCAAAACCAGUACCUCGUCACAUUCUGAAACCUUACCGUUCCGAACCCAACAACCUCGCCAUUCGACAGAGACGGAGAAAACUGAAUAUUCUCACCGCUAUGGGAGCCUGAAAUGUUUGUCUGCAGCGCUUCAGAGAACCUUAGUAAUGCAUCAUCCUAAAACGCGUCAACGGGAAAUGGGUGUGCUUGAUAUCUAUUGGAUUGAUUGGGACGAAGAUCAAACUGAAAAGUCUUUAAACACCAUGGAUAGUAUCACUCAAAACCUCUGUUGGGAGUCUUUCGAUCGAUUUCGACAUACAAACGCCAAUUUCUCUAUCUUUGGUCAUAGGUUUCGCGACAUCUUUCCGAAGAUGCAAAUUUCUUCUGAAGGCACAUCACAAGAAGACGAUUCCACUAGAGAAUGCGCUUCAGCCAUGCUGAUAGCCGUCUUGGCUUCGAUCGGGCGUAGGCUAGUUACGACGACAGGCGGUCAUCUAGGACUCGCGCCAGAAGAAGUACAGGAACACGAUGUCGUCGCUAUUCUCUAUGGGUGUAAUUUUCCAGUUGUCUUGCGACCACAUGGUGACUCUUUUUUAAUGAUCGGGGAAUGCUACGUUGAUGGUAUCAUGGAUGGUGAAUUUUUACAGACAAAGGAGAUAGCAGGGGUACGAAGAAGUUGAUAUUACACUUUGCUAGGAACGUCUUGCAUUUUUGAUAGCUGCCAGGGAAGUAGUCUCUGGUUUC